CUAUAUGCUUUACUUGGUGAUUAAGCCCUUAGGCAGCUGCAAAAUCAGAAGAAGAAGUAGAGCAAGUAACAGCGAAGCAAGCAAAGGCAGAGGAAUUGGAGGUGAAGAUGGGGUUGCAGUGGAUGAUAUUGACGUACGUGGUGGCGGCAGAGGCGGCUUUGGCCUUCCUCCUAACCAUUCCGGCGCCCAAGCUGUUGAAGAAUCGAUUCGUGUCGCUGGUCUCUCUAAUCCUCCAACCCGCCCUCUUCAUCGUCCCCUUCGCCGGAUUUCAGCUCCUGGAUAUAUACUGGAAGAAUGAGCAUCGGUUGGCCUGCACCUCUGAUAUCUGCACUGCCUCUGAGCGUGACCGCUAUGAGAAAUCGGUAUCAAGAUACAAAGGUUUCAAAGCCAAGUUCAUCAUCCUUCUUUUUUUAAGAUGUACAAGGCUCAAAGGAAUGUAAUUCUUUGUGCUUCAGCAUGUCUGCUUUACUGCAAUCUACAAAUUUUGGGCGCAGGUGUCUAUUUCGCAUCUGUAAAUUGUGCAAGGACAUUCAGAACUUGGAGGAAGUGGAGAAGAGGUACAAGGACAAGUAGGUUUUCGGAUAUAGGCCCUUCGUUGGCAGUGGAAACAACCGAGUUAGUAUUUUUUCAUCAUAAAUGAGAAACCGAUGCUGCUUUUAGUAAUACUGUAAUGUCUUGAAUUUGUGUGCGUAAUUUGUAGCCGUCGUGUAUGUUGUUGAUACAUUGUUCGUGUAUCUGAAAUAUACUUUGUUUUCCACAUUAUAUGAAAACUAUGGCAUUGAUCGUUUGUUUGAGUA